CUUUUGGCUUCCCAGACACUGGCAGACAGAAGUUGACCAUGACGACCACUACUCAUGCAGAUGAUGAUGAGAAGGACGCUUCUCUCAAAGGCUGCUCUCCAGCAGCCCAGGAGUGGCGGUCUAGGUUGGAAGAUGAUGGAUUCUGUGUCAUUCCGUCAGUCCUAAGUGACGAAGAAUGCCGCCAAUCCAUGGACCAAAUUUGGUCCUUUGCAAAAGAUACCAGCUAUGGCGCCAUGGAUCGGCAGGAUCCUUCGACUUGGCCGUGCGAUCAGAAGAUGUUUCAGUCUCGAGGCGCCGGUUGGUUGCUGCAUACUGUCCGAGAAUCCGUGGCGGAUCGUGUGAUCCAACCCUUGCUGGGAACGUCACGGUUGCUGUGUUCUCGAGAAGGAUUUGUUUUUCAUCAUCGACCAUCCACUUCCACACAACACCAUGAUACAGCCAACGACCAAGAGAUCUCCUUUCAACGAUGUACGGAACUCCUGGUAGACAAUAGGCAACAGCACCCCAAAGAUGAAAACCAGAAUCCUCUUGAAGAGUCGGAAGUUGCCCAGAGCAGGACAAUAGUGCGGUCUUUGGUGUGUUUGGAAAAUCAAAUGAUAGAAGGAACCGAUGGAUGCUUCAUUUGCUAUCCAGGUUCUCAUCGUCACAAUCAUCAUCAGCCUGGCCAAGCUACAAUGCACGAAAUUCCAGAGGGUCAAGAUCAUCCCAAACCACGCCGUGUCUUGCUUCGAAAGGGCGAUGUGUUGCUUUUUGAUCCAGGGUUGCUUCACGCUCAAGUCUCACCAUCGAGAGCCACACCCCUGGUACUGGCAUACAGCACCUUUCAAAUAAUAUCCUCCAAAGCAUUCCAACCUGCCCCUCCAACCUACGCCUACAAACUACGCCAUACCAGUGAUUGCCGACCCUGGAACUUUCCUACUCCCAACACCACUCCCUGGAAAGCAAAGGACACCACUGUACAAAAUACAACAAUAUCCCCGUUCCGUCCCUACUAUCGAACCAGUCCUCCCGUACUCACCAUUCGAGGGGCACAACUACAUGGACUUCUGCCUUAUCAUGAUGAAGAGGAGGAAGGAAAUGUCGUGACGUCCCUGGACAACGAAAUUCGUCGUGCCAUUAUCCGAGGAGUUCGUUUGAGCCCGGAAUCUCUUCCGACCCUACCAGGACCACCACCAUCACCGAAUAGUCCCGCUAGUAGUUGCCAUGGGAUGGUGCAACGAAUAGAAGCUCCCGACAACCCCGACAUUGUCAUGGGACAAGACAAAUACCUCGGUGGCAUGAGCUCACCGUGUGGGACAUAUGUUUAUGGCGUCCCGGGAACGGCACGACGGGUCCUCCGGAUACGAGUUGCCGAUGGUACCAUGGAUACGUUUGGACCGGCGUUUGAAGGAAAGUUCAAGUGGUUGCGGGGUGUGGAAAUUCCACCCAAUAGUGAUUCGACAAAAAUAUAUCCGUCGGGCUGCUGUGUGGCAUUGCCGUGCAAUCAUCCCUCCGUGUUAAAGAUCAAUCCCGCGACCGACGAAGUGUCUACAUUUGGAACCGACGUCAUUCAGAAUUGUGGAGCCUCGCGAUGGUUGUAUCAUGGAGGCGUCUUGGCGGACAAUGGCUUUGUCUAUGCCAUUCCAGCCAAUGCGAAUCGCGUCCUAAAGUUCCAUCCAGCCACCGAACAGGUCUCGUUCAUUGGACCAACGUUUGAUAGUGGAAAUUGCAAAUGGUUUGGAGGCAUUCUCGCUAGCAAUGGCUGCAUCUAUGGCAUUCCCCACAACGAGACUGGCGUGUUACAAAUUGAUCCACGAACCGACAAUGUAUCCGUCUUGCUCCAAGAUGACGGAAGUGCCCUACCUAGCGGGCAAUGGAAGUGGCAUGGUGGAUUGCUAGCGAAUGGAUCCAAGAUUAUUGGCUUUCCCAACAAUGCUGACGAAGUCUUGAUUAUAGAUUGCAACAAGGGUGAUGGAAAGCCUUCUGUCUACACCGUUGGCAAAGAUUCGGGUAUUCUUCGAUCUGGCCGACAUCGGAUUCCGCAAGAUGGUCGCUACAAAUACUUGGGAGGAGCGCUCACGCUGGAUGGACGAUUUGCCUAUCUGUUCCCAUGUGAUGCCGAGCAAGUACUCCGCAUUGACUGCCAUACAGAUGAACUUGCCUUGGUGGGGUGUCUGUUGCUCGACGGAGAGAACAAGUUUCAGAAUGGUUUUGUUGGCCGGGAUGGUUGCCUCUACGGCAUUCCACAGCGAGCCACUGGCGUUCUACGCGUCAUUCCAGCUCAAUUUGAUGAAGCUGGAAACGAAGUGGAAAAGGACCAUGUUGACAUUUUGGAUUAUGGAGAAGAUCUUGUUGGCGUGAAGGACCUCUUUGAAGGUGGGGUAUUGGGUCAAGACGGUUGCAUUUAUUGUAUCCCAUUACGUGCAAGAGUGUGUGUGAAAGUUGUCCCACCACUACCUGCUGGGGCUUGUUGAUGCUAUAGUUAGUUUUAAGUUGCUUAGAUCAAAUGGGUAGGCGAUCGCUUGAUCAAUCAAAUUUUGUUCUUUCAUUCCGAGCUUUUGGGACAACCUUUCUUGCCAAAAGGGUAGAUAGUUUUACAUGUAUGCCUACUUGAUGCCAGGGUCAAUUUGUUACUUCUUGGCCUCCUCUUCCUUGCUGCUACCGCCACCCUUGGUAAACAUACCCGCAUUGCGCUGGAUUUCACCUUCAAUCUCCUCCUCCGUGGCAUAGGGCGGCCCAAAGAAUCCGGGACGGGCAAAGGGAAUGUUCAAUCCCUUCUGCACGGCCUCGCGCUUCAUCAUCAUAUCGAUCCAAGCAUUGAGGGCAUCGAGACCGGUCACGUCCACCAUCGCCCAAAAGUGUGUCGACGCGUAGGUAAAGGCAUUGACAUCGGCAAUGGUAAGAUGCUUUCCCAACAAAAAGGGUCCUCCGCUGGACUGAAGCUGCUGAUCGAGCACCUUCAGCAAUCCCCGACUCUGGUUGGUGUAACGCUGAAUGGCGAAUUCGUUGUUCUCUCCCUUUGUUUUGGCAAUGCGGUUAAAGAACAUGGCAUUCCCCAUAGCGGGAGCAAGGCCCGUGGCACUGAACAACAUCCACUGGCGGAUGGCCCAGUGGAGCUUGGCGUCACUUUCGGCGGUGGGAAACAUGGUGGGCUGUUUGUGGUGGUACUUUCCGGCAAGGUACUCCAAAAUGGCGGCAGAUUCAGCCAAAAAGACGCCAUUGUCAGCAUCAUACAAUGCCGGGAUCUGACCUUUGGGAUUGAUUUUGAGGUACUCUGCAUGGAGGAGUGCGCGGCAAAAAAAGGAAAUUUACUCAAGGGUUUGGGGUCGGGGACCUUCUCUUGUCAUUGAUAAGCCGCAUGUUUGCAUUUUCCUAC